GUGGUUACGGAUAAUGCUUCCAACAACAUGGGAGCAAAGGUGAUGCUUAAAGGAAAAUUUCCAAAGAUAUUUUGGACAUCAUGUGCAAUUCACACCCUCAAUUUGAUGGUACAAGCAAUUGGGAAGUUGAAGCAAUUUAGUCCUACAAUCACUAAAUCCAAGGAGAUGACAAUUUUUCUCUAUGCACAUCAUAAAACAUUGUCCUUGAUGAGGUCUUUUACAAAAAAGAGAGACAUUGUUAGACCGGGAGUGACGAGAUUUGCUUCCGCAUUUCUUACCUUGCAAAGUAUUAUUGCUAAGAAGAAGGAACUAAGGGCAAUGGUUUGUAGUGAUGAAUGGGAAGCAUGUAAGCACACAAGAACAAAGAAAGGAAAGUCAGCUCAUGCCACAAUAAUGAGUAGGGUUUUUUGGAAAGGUGUCUCUCUUUGCAUCAAGGUAUGUGUAUAUGUUGGAUUGUGGGGCUGUUUUCUCAUAUUUCUAUAUGUUCUAUGUUGCAAUGCAAGGUUUUUGAACCAUUGGUGAAGGUGCUUCGGUUGGCUGAUGGUGAUGGUCCAUCAAUGGCCACUAUGUAUGGAGAAAUAGUAAGUGCAAAGAAGAUGUCAUGCUUGCUGUUGAAAAUUCAGAAAAGGACUAUCUGGUGAUCACUAAUGCCAUGGAUGGCAAGAUGAGAGGGAGGCUGGAUUCUCCGUUACACUGGCAGCAUAUAUGUUGAAUCCCAAAUAUAGUUAUGUUGAUUGAAGCAUCUUCAUGGAUGUAGAGGUUGUGGCUGCGUUUAUGGAAGUAAUGGAGACAUUUUAUUAUGAUGAUGACAACAAGCAAAAUGUAGUGCUUAACAUGGACUUCACCAAGUUUAAGAAGAAAGAUGGCAUGUUUGGGAAGGUGACAGCCAUGAAAGCAAUUAGCAAUGCCAAUUUUGAUGCUACUGAAUGGUGGGGAACUUAUGGACUACAAACUCUUGCAUUGCAAGAAAUGGCCAUACGGAUACUCAACUUGACCACAAGUUCAUCCGAAUGUGAAAGAAACUGGAGCUCUUAUGAAAGGGUAGAUGCAAAGAGGAGAAAUAGACUAGAUGUGGUCCGAAGGGACAACAUGGUUUAUGUCCAAUUCAAUGGAAGAAUGAUGGAUAGAAGAAACAAGUUAUCCUCUUGUAGUGAUCCUCUUCUUGGUGAAGAUGCAUCACAGGCACAAGUUUGGAUAUGCGAAGGUGCAUACGUUGAUGAGGAGAUUGAUCCUAUGACGGGGCUGCCAUACAAUAUUGAUGAUGAAGCAGAGGGUGCAACCGAAGCUAUGGAGCCUCGUAGGAGUGCAAGAGUGAGAGAACUACAUGAAGUUGAAGAAAUUGUUUCCGAUGAUGAUGAAUCUGAUCAUGGGGAGGGGUGGAUAUGGAGGAAGACAUUAAUUUCGAGUCUGAUGAUGAUGGUGUGAUGGCAACCAAAGAUGAUGAUGAGGAUGAGGACACCCAGCAUCCUUGAACCAUUUAUGAUCCAUAAGAAUAAGACCUUAUUUUGCUACUUUAUUAUGCACUUAUAAAGUUAUGCUUGUGAUGCAACUAUAUGAGUUGUGAGAACUAUUUGAGUAUUUGUGGUCUGUGAACCUUAUUACGUAUUAUGAUAUUUGUGUUGAACCUUGUAGUGAAUUAUUCCAUGUUCACAUGUGUGGCUGCUAUUUAUCUUGUUAUGUGUGGCUGCAUAUUGCCAAGUUGUGUGGCUGUCAUUUUAAUUUAUCUUAUCAUGUCUCAUGUGUGGCUGCUUGUUGUCACAUGCAUGGCUAUCAUUUACUCAUUUAUCUUGACAAGUUUAGAGCAUCUACAAAUGCAUAUCUAUCAUCAAUUCUGUAGGUUUGUUGCCUUCCGGUUUGGAUGCAUCAUGACCAAACUGUCCAGGUAACAAUUCUAUCUCUUGUCCAUGCUUUUUAUAUGCCUACGACAUAAUAUUUUAGUAUAAAUGUAUAAUACAUAGCUGUGAGCAUUGGAUUAUGUGGUACAAUACGUGAAAAACUAGUUACAUAUUGCCAAUAUAUUCUCAUGUGCAGCCGAUUAAUGAUCGACGAUUAAUUCAGUUAAAUGGCCGAUUAACCGAU